AUGGGGGAAGAAAAGCAAACAGGGCUGAUACACUUCCAUUCCCUCUUGACAAUCCCCGAGAUGCAGCGGCUCAUUUUCCUCGCCUUCCUGCUGAUGUACAUGAUCAGUCUCUGUGGAAACACUACCAUUGCAAUCAUUAUCCACACAGACCGCUCCCUCCACACCCCCAUGUACUUCUUCCUGGCCAAUCUGGCAGCUCUGGAGAUCUGCUACUCUUCCUGCAUUGCCCCCCUUACUCUGGCCAACCUUGUGUCGGGAAGCAAGGUUACCAUCUCCCUUGCAGGCUGUGGCACCCAGAUGUUCUUCUUCAUCUUCCUGGGAGGUUCUGAGUGCGUCCUCCUUGCCGUCAUGGCAUACGACCGAUACGUGGCGAUCUGCCAACCACUGCGCUAUACCCUCGUUAUGAGCUGGACUGUCUGUGUGCGCCUUGUCGCUGGGUCGCUGGUGCUGGGGUUCUUAUUUGCUCUGCAAUUUACUGUUCUGCUGUUCCACCUGCCGUUCUGUGGUACCAAUGAAAUCAGCCACCUCUAUUGUGAUGUGCUGCCCAUCUUGCGUCUGGCGUGUGGCAACACGAAGAUCCUUGAGGCCAUCAUUUUUGCUGCCACUAUCAUAACCCUGGCCACCCCCUUCCUGCUGAUUUGCAUCUCUUAUGUCUUUAUUGUGGCCACUAUCCUGCAGAUCCACUCUGCGUCUGGCCAGCGCCGCGCCUUCUUCACCUGCUCCUCUCACCUGACAGUUGUCCUUCUGCAAUAUGGCUGCUGCAUCUUCAUUUACUCCCACACUGGCUCCAGCUACUCCCCAGAGCAAGGCCAGGUGGUGUCUGUGGUCUACACCUUUGUGACCCCUGUACUGAACUCCCUGAUCUACAACAUGAGGAACAAGGAGUUGAAGGAUGCUCUGAGCAGAGUGCUGAGAAGGAAAGUGCUGUCCUGA